AUGGCCUACUUGCUGCUCUAUGUCGACGUCAUCAUCCUGACGGCAUGUACGGCUGGUCUCCUGAGUCAGCUCACGGCUCGUCUUCGCAUUGAGUUUGCCAUCAAGGACUUGGCUCCUUUGCACUACUUCCUCGGUGUCGAGGUGGUGCGUCGUUCGGAUGGCUUCUUCCUUCAUCAGCGGAAGUACUCUCACGAGCUCCUAGAUCGUGCUGGCAUGCUUAACUGCAAGCCCGCCGCUACGCCUGUUGAUACGAAGGCCAAGCUCUCUGCCUCGGAUGGUUCUCCCACUUCGGAUGCUGCAUUCUACCGGUCCAUCGUUGGUACUCUCCAGUACCUAACUCUAACUCGACCGGAGAUUCAGUACGCCGUACACACUAUGGAGCUCGGCAUCACGCUCUACGCCUCCACUGACACCGCCCUCACCGCCUAUACCGAUGCAGACUGGACGGGCUGCCCUGACACUCAUCGCUGCACCUCGGGCUAUUGUGUCUUCCUUGGACCAUCACUCAUAUCCUGGUCGUCCAAGCGGCAGCCUACGGUCUCUCGCUCCAGUGCUGAGGCUGAGCAUCGUGCGGUGGCCAACGUCGUCGCCGAGUGUUCGUGGCUUCGCCAGUUGCUCCAGGAGCUCUCUUGUCCUGUGGACCGUGCUACUAUGGUCUACUGCGACAACGUCUCGGCUGUCUACCUCUCCGCCAACCCGGCCGCGGCCACCGCCACGCUGCCUCUUGCUCUUGUUCUUGGGCAGCCAUGUCAAUCUGCAACCGGCCACUGCUGCUCACAUCAUCAACUUGGCCACCUUGGGCAUCAGCACGUCUGUCCAAAUGUGUAG